UCGCCGGGUUAGUCCUCCGUUAAGGGGGCGCGGUUUGCGCGGAUGGUUUUUGCCAACGAUACAUCAACACUGCGCCAAGAGCAUCCCCGCGUUCACUGUGUUCGGGAUGGUCCUCCAGCGCCAGGGGGAGGGCAGGGAGCCUAGCCCGACGCGCGCGCGCACCGCGUUGAUCGUCACGCUCGCUCGCGGGCGGGGCGCGCGGUGUCGGUUGGAAGCCGAGGCGGAAGGUUGAGCGGGUCACUGGGUGCGGGCUCGUCACUUUCCCCUCCUCCCCCAUUGUUUUGGUGCUGCUUCUGUUCUGUGUGUUCUCUUCGCCAUCCGCCAGCCCACCACUUCUCUUCCCAUUUACAACCAUCGCAUGUCCAACGUAGUACGGAGCUGCUGAUGAAACGAAGUAAGGAAAAGUUUUGGAAAAGGAACACGGGCUAGUCGCGUAGAUCACUCUCCCAAAGGUGAGGUGAAGACUGCUGCCAAUUCAGACGGCACUGCAAUGUGGGCCUCCUGCUGCAACUGGUUCUGCGUGGACAACCAGACGAUGGAUGAACCUGAAUACACUCCUAGAAGGCAGGCGUACACUAACGCGGGCUACAAUUCUCAGUCACCUCCAUGUGGAUUGGAAAACACAUGUAGAGCGUGCGGUUCUCAGUUUGAAAAUGCCUCACGGAAGCAUGUCUGUGUUGAUUGUAAGAAGAGCUUUUGCACAUCUUGUUCAAUCCAAUCUGAAAAUAGCCCUAAAAUAUGCCACACUUGCCAGAGAUUUCGCACCACCGACUUCCACCGGGGAGAACUGAUGAAACUGAAAGUGAAAGAAUUGCGUGACUACCUACAUCUACAUGAAAUUUCAAUGGAAAUGUGCCGAGAGAAAUCUGAUCUGGUAGAUUUGGUAAUGGGACAGCAACCUCAGUCCGCACCAUCUAGUCAGGUGCAUAUUCCUCUUUAUAGAAUGGAUAUAUCUGAACAACAGACCUUUAUGUCAAAUGCACCCACAGGGACAACAGCAUCUACCUCUCAUGAUGCUCCCCCACCGUAUGGAGCGACCAACCCAAAUAGCCCAAGAAAUUCUCAGGAACCAAACCUGGCAAACACAGAAGUGAGUGGAGGAAAUCAGAAUGAGACUUCAGCACAAAAUGAUGAUGAGACUGAGUCCGUCAAUUCAGAGGAGAUAAUUGCCCCAGGCCGGCAUAGAGCAUCUUUAUCAGACUUGACUUGUGUGGAAGAUAUUGAAGGUCUAUCAGUACGCCAGCUAAAAGAAAUACUAGCUCGAAACUUUGUAAAUUACAAAGGGUGCUGUGAAAAAUGGGAGUUAAUGGAGCGAGUGACAAGAUUAUACAAUGAACAAAGAGAUCUUCAGAAUCAUGCUGCUGAACUUAAAACACAAGAUGGUGGGACAGGAACUUCGGUUGAUGAGAAUCUCUGUAAAAUAUGCAUGGACUCUCCAAUUGACUGUGUGCUACUUGAGUGUGGCCAUAUGGUCACGUGUACUAAGUGUGGAAAGCGCAUGAGUGAAUGCCCAAUUUGUAGACAGUUUGUCAUAAGGGCCGUGCAUGUCUUCAGAUCUUAAGUAACUACAGCUACUAUGAAACCAUAUCAAAUUGAAUGGAAAAGUGCAUUUUCACAACCCAGAUCCUAUCCUACUGAUCAACACUUUCCAGUUCACUUUUCCUACCAGUAAGACAGUUAACACAUUUCUACUUUACUCACUGAAAACAACAUUUAGUUGAUCAGAAAGUUUUACAUAAUAAUAUCAUUUUGCCUUGACUUUGCUAAAAGGGUAACUUACUAAGCCUCAACAUCUUGCAUUAUUUUAAAAAAAAAGUAGGGUAUAAAUGAAUGAAGGAAAUGCGAUUGGAAGGAAAAUUAUAAGCCCAAAGUAAAGCAAGGUUAUUAGAAGCCAUGAGGCUUGUACUGCCCCAUGGAAUGACAUUCUGUUUGAGCUCUCUCAGGAUGUCACUAAUCCUGAAAAUGGGAGGUGACAGUUCUCCGGGUAAUCAUUGUUUUACGUGCCUUUUGAUGAAAGAAUUGUGAGUUGACAGAUCAUGAGUGCAGGUUGCUGAAGGCAGGACACAAAAAACAGAGAUUAUUAAAAUUAAACCAGGUUCUUUUGGAGAGAAUUAGUAUUUUUGAAGGAUGUUGUGCCUGUGGACUAAGCACUCAAAGUUUAACAUAAGACUGAAGACACUUUAUAAAUUGUGGGUUUAGUUUUUGCCAAUGGUUAGUAAGAGUGGGUGGUGGUAGAAGGGGGCAGUGCAGCUCCAAGUAAUGGAAGCCUAUGCUUGAGAAAAUAAUAAAGCAAAGAAGUAAUUGCUUUAAAAUGAAUAAGAAGUGAUAGAUGAUUGAAAGUUCACAUCAUCAUGUUAUUUUAUAAUGAAAGUAUAUGGAUAGAUUUGUUGCUUCUAGCUGAAACUAAGCUGUGCCACACCUACCUGAUUUCAUAGACUAAAUCCAAGGCCACUUACGUAACAAGCAACCAUUCCUAUUACAACCUACACACCCCUAAAUGCAAGGCAAAAUCAGUCUUUGCUUAAAUUACACAUACAUUUAUGUCAUACUGGGUUGAUAAGAUGCACCAUCUUCAAUGUAUUAUACCUCAAACUUUAAAACAAAACCACGCAAAGAUGCAUGGUUCCAUAUCAUUUAUACAAUUCUGUGCAAUCAGAA